GAUAAAGGUGAGGCGGCGGAGCCCGGAUGUUGUUGCUAUGGCGGCGGAAGGUGGAGAGGUGAAAGGUGACCAGGAUGAGAUGCCUGAGCUGAAUCUGGGUGAACUGGACAUAACAUCCGAUGAGUUUAUCCUGGACGAAGUGGACACACAUAUACAAGCCAAUCUGGAAGAUGAACUGGUGAAGGAGGCGUUAAAAACGGGUGUGGAUCUGAGGCACUACUCCAAGCAGGUUGAGACAGAACUACAGCACAUCGAACAUGCCUCCAUUAAGGACUACAUUAAGGAAAGUCGGAACAUUGCCAGCCUCCACAAUCAGAUCACAGCCUGUGACACCAUCCUGGAGCGGAUGGAGCAGAUGCUCAGCAUGUUCCAGUGUGACCUCAGCAGUAUCAGCUCCGAGAUCCAGACCCUGCAAGAGCAGUCCAUCACCAUGAACAUCAAGCUGAAGAAUCGCCAGUCAGUGCGCAGUGAGUUGAGCCAACUGGUCGAUGAGCUCGUCAUCCCAAACUCAAUGAUCACUACUGUUCUGGAGACAUCAGUAACUGAGCAGCAGUUUCUGGAGCAGCUCCAUGAACUCAAUAACAAGAUCAAUUAUGUGAAGGAGCAGUCCUUUAAGGAAACGCUGGCUUGUUCAGACGUGCAGGACACCCUCGACCGGUUGAAGAUUAAGGCUGUUUCGAAGAUCCGGGAAUAUAUUCUGCAGAAGAUCUACUCCUUCCGGAAGCCAAUGACAAACUACCAGGUUCCACAGAAUGCACUCCUCAAAUACAGGUUUUUCUACCAGUUUCUGCUGGCGAACGAGCGGCACGUGGCCAAGGAGAUCCGAGACGAGUAUGUUGACACCAUGAGUAAAAUCUACUUCUCCUACUUCAAGUCGUACACCAACAGGCUGAUGAAAGUUCAGUAUGAAGAGGUGGCUGACAAAGAUGACCUGAUGGGUGUCGAGGACACUGCAAAGAAAGGCUUUUUCUCCAAACCGUCGUUGAAGAAUCGCAACACCAUUUUUACGCUGGGGAACCGCGGCAAUGUUAUCUCGUCGUCGGAACUGGAAGCACCAAUCAUUGUGCCUCAUGCUGCUCAGAAAAGUGACACCCGGUAUCCCUUUGAGAGUCUGUUCCGUAGUCAGCACUACGCACUUCUCGAUAACAGCUGCCGCGAGUAUCUCUUUCUCUGUGACUUCUUCAUGGUGACUGGGAACUCUGCACAGGAUCUCUUCAACGCCAUCAUGGGAAAGACCCUCACCAUGUUCUUGAAACACGUGCACACCUACAUAGCAGAUUGCUUCGACAGCAUUGCGAUCUUUCUCUCCAUUCACAUCAUUCUCCGCUUCAAGACCAUCAUGGCCAAGAGGAACGUGCCAGCUGUCGAUAAGUACUGGGAAACCCUGCUGGAAAUUCUCUGGCCCAGGUUCGAAUACAUCCUGGAGUUGAACAUUCAGAGCAUCCGCAACACAGACCCCCAGAAGCUGGGAGCUCUCGAUACUCGGCCACACUAUGUAACAAGAAGAUACGCCGAGUUUUCUUCAGCAAUCGUAAGCAUUAAUGAAACACAUCCCAAUGAGAAGACCCACAGCCUGCUUGGACAGUUACAGGUGGAGGUCGAGAACUUUGUCCUGCGUAUGGCAGCCGAGUUUGCAUCGCGUCGAGAGCAGCUGAUAUUCCUCAUCAACAACUAUGACAUGAUGCUCGGUGUUUUAAUGGAGCGGGCAGCAGACGACAGUAAGGAGGUGGAGAGUUUCCAGCAGCUGCUCACAGCCAGGACACAGGAGUUUAUUGAAGAGAUCCUAUCGCCUCCGUUUGGUGGGAUGAUUGCGUUUGUGAAGGAAGCAGAGGUUCUCAUUGAAAAGGGCCAGCUGGAGAAACUGAAAGCAGAGGAAGGCUGGGUGGUGCAGCUUGUGCGAGGAUUUGCUGGAACCUGGAAGCAGGCGGUUGAGAAUCUCAGUCAAGACGUCAUGAGGUCUUUCACCAACUUCAGGAAUGGGACGGGGAUCAUCCAGGGAGCUCUGACCCAGCUGAUCCAGUACUACCACCGAUUCCACAAGGUGCUCUCCCAACCUCCUUUCAGGAAUCUCCCUGUGCGUUCCGACCUUAUCAACAUCCACCACCUCAUGGUCGAGGUGAAGAAACACAAGCCCAGCUUCUGACUGACCAGCUCUCUCUCUCUCUCUGGCUGCGCAGGGCAGCUACAGUCCAUCCUGAGGAGCGAGCGAUGAUGAUGAUGGUGCCGUCACAGAGUAGAGACGGUGCAGAACCGAGCAACUUGUGUUGGCUGCUGACUGGCUCCGAUCUUAAUCUGCGGCCGCACAACGUCAACAAGUUCAGAGAUUUAAAAUACUUCAUCUCCCUGAUAACUGGAAUGUUAGUGUAUUGGGAUGAACGUGCGGGGCAGUGGGGGGGGAGCUGUAAAUAGGGGUUGGGAUAAAUUCAGGACGAGGGUGGGAUUGGAUCUGAAGUGGGAAGGAAGGAAGGAACAUGUGUUGCAUUGUUCUAGGAAUGUGGCAUUGAGCUAAUCAGAGAAUUAAACCAUUGGUUCUGAA